AUGGUGUAUGGUCAGAUUCGUUACUCUAUUCCUGAAGAACUACAACCGGGAGCCUUUGUUGGGAAAAUCGCUGCCGAUUUAGGUUUAGAUGUGGAGCAGCUGUCGGCUCGCCGCUUGCGGGUAGCGCCCGGUCCUGGUAAGCAGUAUUUCGACAUAAAUUUGGAGAAUGGGAUUUUAAUUGUGAAAGAAAUUAUCGACAGGGAGCUGCUUUGUGGGUCGAAUCUCGACUGCCGCUUAUCCUUGGAUAUUGUGCUUGAAAAUCCCCUGAGCCUCUAUCAGGUAGAAGUGGAGGUUCUCGAUGAAAAUGAUAAUACCCCCAGUUUUCCGAAAAGCCAGCUUCAUCUUGAAAUUAUAGAGCUUGCAGGACCCGGAAUGCGAUUUCCUCUUGAACCUGCGCACGAUCCGGACAUUGGCACAAACUCCUUACAAACCUACCGUUUACAAUCAAAUGACUAUUUUAGUCUGGACGUACAAAUGCGUCGUGGAAAGGGCAAGUGGCCAGUAUUGUUGUUACAGAAACCUUUGGACAGAGAAGUAAUGGCGACGCAUAGUAUAACGUUAACGGCAGAAGACGGCGGGUUCCCUCCGAGAUCGGGCACAGUGCAGAUUGUAGUAACAGUGAAGGAUGUUAAUGACAACACGCCUGUUUUCUCCCAGUCGGUUUACAGAGUCAGAUUAUUGGAAUCUGCACCAAAAGGGACUCUGAUUAUCACAUUAAACGCUACUGAUAUGGAUGAUGGGCUGAAUGGAGAGAUAAUGUAUUCCUUCCGUAGCCAUAUGUCUUCGACUUCCCGCAGUCUUUUUGAUCUGAAUUCCAAAACUGGUGAAAUCAGACUCAAAGGGAAGUUGGACUAUGAAGAAAGCAACGUCUUUGAGAUUAACAUACAGGCGACGGAUAAGGGUCCUGGCGCUGUUCCUGAAUACUGUGAUGUAUUGGUUGAAGUUGUCGAUGUAAAUGAUAAUGCACCGGAGGUGAAAUUGCGGUCUUCCUCUGCGACUGUUUCGGAAGACGCUCCGCUUGGGAGUGUGGUGGCUCUGUUCACUGCAGAGGAUAGAGAUUCCGGACAAAAUGGUCAGGUACGCUGUCAAAUUUCAAAUCGACUGCCCUUUCAGCUGGAUUCGUCUUUAAAGAACUAUUACAGAACUAUCGUGCAGCACCCGCUCGACCGCGAAAACAACCCCAAGUAUGAUAUCACUAUUGAAUGCACGGAUGCAGGGGAGCCUCCCCUCACUUCUAAGAAAACCAUCCGAGUAGAGGUUUCAGAUAUAAACGACAACCCGCCAAGGUUUUCUCGCCCAGUGUACACAGCACAUGUUAUGGAAAACAACGUUGUUGGAGCUUCCAUAUUUUCUCUGACGGCCGUCGAUACAGACGCUGGAGAGAACGCCCGACUGAACUUUUCUAUCCUAGAGUCUCAGGUUCAGAAUUUCUCAACAACCUCUUAUGUUUCAAUUAAUUCAGCAAGUGGUGUGAUCUAUGCUCAGAGAUCUUUUGACUAUGAACAAUUGAAAAACUUCCAGAUGCAAGUUCAAGUGCGGGAUUCUGGUACGCCACCUCACACGACCAAUGCGUCAGUGAACGUUAUUAUCCUGGAUCAGAAUGAUAAUGUACCAGUGAUUGUGCAUCCUUUGCCCGAAUACGGGUCGUCAGCAAUAGAAACAAUAUCCAGGUUCACCGAAUCUGGCUCCUUGGUUGUCAAGGUCUCUGCCACCGAUGCAGACUCGGGUCAGAAUGCUCGACUCUCGUAUCAGAUUCUUCAAGCCACACAUCGCAACCUUUUUACCAUUUCUGCAGACACUGGUGAAGUUUGGACUAUCCGUCGAAUAUUGAACAGAGACGCUUCUAAUCAGAGACUGGUGGUUUUGGUAAAAGAUAAUGGAAUACCAUCCCUUUCUGCCACCGUGACUAUAUUAUUAUCUGUGGUUGGGACUGAUAGUGAAUCGUUCUACGGUGUCAGUAGCUCAUCAGCAGAUUCGGGGAGCAUUCCUGAACUGGGCCGUUCUUUGGUUAUAGCCUUGGGAAUAAUAUCUAGCUUACUCCUCAUAAUGUUAAUCAUACUAGCCAUUAAAGUUCACAGAAACAGGAAAGGGAUGGUAUACCAGCACCGUUCUCUGGGUAGUUGUUGUUGCUCUGAAUCAAGAAACUCUUUGAAUGGAAUACAGAAGACCAGUAAAACCCUUCAGAUACCACCAAACUAUGUUGAAGUAUUUGGGGGCGAUCCUCUCUCACAAAGAUUCCGUUACGGGUCAUGUUCGACAUUGCAGUCUACCAAGAGGGAUUUCACCGUAUCCAUCAACAGUCGAUCCUCUGCAGACCAAAAUUUUGUUCUGAACGAAUCUGCCUGUAAAGGAAAUGUUGCAAUGGUGGAUUCUGAAAAAUAUAGCGUUCCUGAGUUCACUUCGUUAAUGGAAAAGCGUCAUUUUACGCUUAACACUAGCCGUCCCCCGCCCCCGAAGCGACACCCCGACUUUCAAUCUGGACUGGCGAUUAAAUCGGCCAAGCGUCGGCUCGUUCCUUCCUCUCGGGCACAGACUCGGGCCUUGCCUCUUCGAUCCGGCCCCGAGUCCGCUCCAGCAAUGGCAGUGUCGGUUAUACGUCCGGGACUCCAGUCUCCCAGAAAAUCGCUGAAUCACGCCGGCACCAUCUUUCCCACAUCCAUAUAA